ACGCUCUACUUACAUUACACUGCUCCUCUUCUUCUUCAUCUUCCUCUCUCUCAAGUGUCAUUUUCUCACAUAUUCUUCUCUUUUUCAAUCUUCAAUCUCUGCAACUACUGAUCAGCUCCAUCGGAAGAUAAGCUUAGUUUGAAACCUUUUGGCUGCUUGGAUCAUCACUUCUUCCUCGUCUCCUUCUCCUCCUUUGUAUAUUUAUAUUAGAGACCUAACCUAAUACUUUGGUUGAUAUCAUAUUUGCUUAUUGUUUGUAUCUCAAGAAUUAAGAAUACAACAGCAGCAAGAAAGGGGGAGGGGCCAGAAAGAUGGAGCUGUUCCCUGCACAACCAGAUUUAUCCUUGCAAAUCAGUCCACCGAACAGCAAACCCACAUCGAGAGCUCUCGACUCGAGGAACUCUUCCAUGUCUUCAAUGGCGAAACCCGAUAACUGCUUUGAGCUCUCUUUCUCCAAUCCAAGGGUUUCAGAGACCAACCCCAACCAGUUUCAUCACCUUCUCCAAAACGGGAGCGGCACCACCAAUUGCAAUGGUAAUCUUUUCCAGUCUUAUCACCAGAACCAAUUCCCUCACCAUCACAGCCAACUGCAACAUCCGGUACUGUAUCAACAUCAGCAACAUCAACAACAAGGGCUAGGACAAGAGUUUGGGUUCUUGAGACCCAUAAGGGGAAUUCCCGUCUACCAAAACCCUCCUACUCAUCCUCCUCCUUUCCCGUUUCCUCAACAGCCCUUGGAUUCAUCUUUAGUUUCCUCUCCUUAUUUGGUUACUAACAAAAUUAGUAACACCAGCUUCAACCCCUUUCAGUCUCAAGGAUUGAUGAGAUCAAGAUUCAUGUCGAGGUUUCCAGCUAAACGAAGCAUGAGAGCUCCAAGGAUGAGAUGGACUACUACACUCCACGCUCGCUUCGUUCAUGCUGUUGAGCUAUUGGGUGGUCAUGAAAGAGCUACUCCCAAAUCAGUUCUUGAGCUAAUGGAUGUCAAAGAUCUUACCUUAGCACAUGUUAAAUCCCAUCUUCAGAUGUAUCGAACUGUGAAGACCACUGACAGAGCAGCUGCAUCAUCAGGGCAAUUGGAUGCAUUUGAAAAUGGAUCAUCUGGGGAUACUUCUGAAGAUAUGAUGUUUGACCCUAGAAGAUCAGAGAUAUCAUCAGUUCGUCAGGGAAGAUCGUCAUCAUCAAGUGCUCAACAAGACAACCAGGAGUACCAUGGACUGUGGAGUAAUUCUUCAAGGGAAGCUUGGCUGCAUGGCAAACCCAAGGAUUCUCCACGGAACUUACCUUCUCUCCAGAAGGGUAUAUCAGAUGUAAGCUCAUCAGGGACAUGCCCCAAGAAGCUUAAUUUGGAGUUCACAUUGGGGGUGCCAAAUUGAUAUAAUAUAUUUUUAUAUCUUAAGGUUUGUAGUGCUGAAUUUGAAAUGAUGAUUAUAUAUCUCGGACUGAGAAAAGAGAAGGGAGGGAGGAUCUGGUGAAGAGAAUCAGGUACCCUUGAGAGAAGAAAAAGAGAGAAGACAAGAAAGACAGAGAGCAAGAAAAGGUGAGAAGAAAAAGCACCACGUCCUUCCUAUCAAACCAGCCGUGAGAGAUCCAAAUCAAUAUAUUAUAUUCCUACGUAAAUAUGAAAUCUAAUUGAUUUUGUAUGUUUUGCACUUAGUGACAGAGAGAGA